AUGCGAAUUCAGAGUUGGUUGUGGGUAUGGUCGUUGCUUGAAUGGAGGGUUGUGGAUGCUCUUACGGUUGAUACUUCACAGGCUGAUUCGAUUAAAAGUGCCGCGAGUUCGGUUGCUGCAAAUUUGGUUUCGUAUUAUCAUGGGAAUGAAUCGGGACAAACUCCAGGGCUUCUACCUCCACCUUACUUCUGGUGGGAAGGUGGUGGGAUGUUCAUGACAUUGAUAGAUUAUUGGCGCUACACGGGAGAUACUUCAUACAAUAGUAUUGUAUCUGAAGCUCUACUAUUUCAAGCUGGUCCAGAUGCCGAUUAUAUGCCUGUGAAUCAGACCAAAGAUGAAGGGAACGAUGAUCAAGGAUUCUGGGGAAUGGCUGCUAUGUUAGCUGCCGAAUCGAAUUUUCAAAAUCCUCCUGCUGAUCAACCACAAUGGCUUGCAUUGGCUCAAGCGGUGUUCAAUGAAAUGGCCAGUCGAUGGGAUACUAGUACUUGUGGAGGCGGAUUGAGGUGGCAGAUAUUCGCUUUCAAUAAUGGGUUUACGUAUAAGAACUCCAUUGCGAAUGGAUGUUUUUUUAAUAUAGGGGCUAGAUUGGCUAGGUAUACGGGAAAUCAAACGUAUGCAGAUUGGGCCGAGACGAUUUGGCAAUGGGAAGAGAGUGUGGGAUUGAUCGAUAGUGGUUACAAUAUCUAUGAUGGGAGUAGUGAUACGGAUAAUUGUGCGAGUGUGGAUCGAUUGCAGUGGAGUUAUAAUGCGGGAAUUUAUCUGCAUGGAGCGGCGAAUAUGUUUAAUUAUACCGACGGUAACUCCACCUGGCAACAACGCACAAACCAAUUAAUGGACACCUCAAUCAACAUAUUCGCCUCCAACAAAACAAACUCCAUCAUCACUGAACAGGCCUGCGAAACGGUUAACAAGUGUGAUACUGAUCAACUAUCCUUUAAAGCCUAUUUCACAGCCUGGCUGGCUUCCACCUCCAUUCUUGCGCCUUUUACCGCUAAAAGUAUCUUUCCUGUCUUGCAAAGCAGCGCGAAAGCAGCGGGAACGCAAUGUGCGGGUACGGGUAAUGCGUGUGGGUUCAAGUGGACGGAAGGAACGUUUGAUGGGAAUGUGGGGGUCGGACAGCAGAUGAGUGCGUUGGGGGCGAUACAGAGCGCGAUGGUGGCGGUGCCUGGCACGGAUAAUGCGAGGAUUGGGCCGGUGACGAAUAGCACUGGGGGCACGAGUGUGGGGGAUAGCGGGGCCGGGAGUGGGAAGACGGGGAGUGGGGGAAUGCAAAAGGAUGAGGUGGUGACGAGGGGGAUAGGGUGGGCGCGGGGGUGGCGACGGUGGCGGUUUUGUUGA